AUGCAGAUUUUCGUGAAAACCCUCACCGGAAAAACGAUCACGCUCGACGUCGAGAGCAGUGACACCAUCGAUAAUGUCAAGGCCAAGAUUCAGGACAAAGAAGGUAUACCUCCCGAUCAGCAGAGGCUGAUAUUCGCCGGAAAACAGCUGGAAGAUGGCCGAACUCUGGCAGAUUACAAUAUCCAAAAGGAAUCAACACUUCACCUUGUUCUGAGGCUCAGGGGAGGAACAAUGAUCAAAGUGAAAACACUUACAGGAAAAGAAAUCGAGAUUGAUAUUGAGCCAACUGAUACAAUCGACCGGAUCAAGGAACGCGUUGAGGAGAAAGAAGGCAUUCCUCCUGUGCAGCAAAGGCUAAUUUAUGCUGGUAAGCAGCUUGCAGAUGACAAAACGGCCAAAGACUACAAUAUCGAAGGUGGCUCGGUUCUUCACCUGGUUCUUGCUCUCAGGGGCGGCAGUCUCUAG